AACUAAGAAACUAAUAAGAUGCUUCCUAAAUUUGCCACUCCAAUGCUCAAACAUUUCUGGCCAUUUGGUGUCGGAGCUGUCGUCACCUACGGCCUCGUUUACAAGGGAAGUGUGCUUUCCAUGAACUCUGACGAGUUUAUUAACGACCCAAGACACCCAAGAUUUGCCAGCGGUGGUAAGUUCAUCGAAUUGGAAAAAUAAAUAGCUUGCACGUAAAUACACAAGAUAGAAAAGAUUAAUCGGGUGUUGCCAGGCCACAAGCCGAGUCAGCCUUGUCUAUUUCUACAUGGACACGUAGCCGCCAUAAGCCGCAUACACUCGUUUCAGUGGCCAUUACCAGUAAGCAAACAAAGGGGCAGGCGGUAGGAAGGUAAAACCGCACAAUAUAGCCCAUUUGUAAACUGCCUGUAUCGUCUAGCUAGACGCAAUUUUGUAGACGCAUCCAGCAGCCAGUGCCAAAACCCUAUGUCAACCGGAUGGUAGAAGUUGAAUCACUGUCAUGAUAGGAUGGAGGUCCUGGUUUGAGUAGCUUUGGACGGGGAUCUACCU